AUGGCUCGCUCCAUCGUCCUCGUUACGAGUGCAUUACUCGCAAUCCUCUCUCCGCUGGCUCAGGCCAAGAUCAAGAACGAACUACGCACAUAUGCCUUCACGAGCGACGACUGCAACGGACCAUCAAUACGCGGCAACAUGGAUCUCAAGAUAGACAAGUGUCAGGACAUCGUCACCGGUGCCAAUAGCAUCAAGCCCUUCCACAACAAGCACGAGAACUGGAUUGGAGCCAUCAACAAUGGAGAAACACGUUGCUUCAUCAGCACAUACCAGCAUCACGGUUGCCAAGGCACCCCGACCGCCAUCGAAGAACUCCCUCAGGCCAUCUCAGAAUGCAUCUCACCAGAUCAUGAAGAACCCAUGCUCUCGAUACUGUUUCAUUGUGGUCUACCUCGCCCAGCAAUCUCCCUUCCGGAUCCUAAUGUCAUCACCGAGACCGUUCCCACCACUUAUUCGACAUGGGUCCACACUAGCAACACUCUCACGACCAUCGUCUCAAGUACUCUUGGAACCUUCACUAGGACUGUACUGCCCACAGUAACCGUCCUGCCAGCUAGCACAGUCACUGUGGUCGCGCCUUCGCUUGUACCGGUCCAAACCGUCACAGUUCAGUACCCCCCCGUUUCCACGAACACGGUUACCGUCUACAUGGAAAACUAUGGCCAAUCAAACAUGCGUCGUUCAGAUGCGCAACAAGGACCAGUCAACAAAGACACCCAGGAUCUGGAGCCACGCCGGAAGAACAAGUGGAAGGGCCCUCGUAUCGGCGUAUGGAUGUUACACCCUUGGACCAUGGCAGUCAUUUGCUACGAGUGUUACGCAAAGAGUGACGAUAACACGUUCAAGUUUGAGUGCCGCUCUGGACCAAAAAAUCCCAUUGAUUGCAAGGGUCCAGUACCUAAUCCACAAGACACGAUCACCGUCACACAUACGCCAGCCAUCACAGUGACAGCUGGUGACCCGAUCACUUCAGUUAUCACAGUGACAGCCACACAGCCGCGACCAGUCUCGCCAGCCACCUCGCCAGUCAUUUCUGGCCAGGCUGUCUACACAAUGAUCGGCGGCAAACCAGUUUACACGAUAAUCGAUCAGUCAAUACAAACGGUUACGCUUGGCCAGAAAGAAGUCGAUCUCGAACCCCGCAAAUCGUUCCAUAGGGCCGUUAGAUUCACCCACCCCUGGUAUCCUGACACGGAGAUGUGUGCAGAUGCUGAGUGGGAUGGCAGAGGAAAAGAUAGGGGUGAGAUUCGGAUCCAAAAGCCCGACACGAAGAUGAGAAGGUGUGACAAAGACCGCGAAAUGCAGCACAUCGAUGCCUCUCCAAAGACAAGCACCUACGAGCUUCCUACGCGCACUAUCGCCAUCAGCACCUCUACGGUCUAUCCUGCGCCCAUCGUCACGGUUAACCCCUCUCCACCCAUGGUGACCGUCACCACCAUCAUAGGCUCCGCGCCAGCUCCGCCCAUGAUUACCGUCACUACCAUUAUCGAUCCUGCACCAACUUACUCCACUGUGACUACAAUAAUCGACCCAUCGCCAAUUUAUUCUACCGUCACCACCAUCAUCGAUCCUGCGCCAGCUUACUCCACCAUCACAACCAUUACCAUGGACUCCGAGCCACCUUGCUCCACAGUUACGGUCGUUCCCGGCGCCGCCUCCACCAGGUACACCACCAUUUACCAAGAUCGCCUUCGGCACCAUGAUCUGUGA